GAGCCCCGUGAAGUCGUCCAUGUCAAAAUAUAAAGGUAUCGAGUCCUCUGAAGUGUACUCACUUGGCUGGAACGUCGUCAUGGUCCAGUUCAAAUGCUGCGGUGUUGACAGCUACAAAGACUUCGACUUUACGGGCGAGUGGGUACAGCCUGUGGUUGGUGUGACGUUAGAGACGCCAAUAGCGUGCUGCAAGACGCUGCCAACUGGAGCGACGUUGGCGGAUUUUGCUUGCGCGACUUCAUAUGACGAGACCCUCAGCAACGGAAUGACGGGCUGUUACUCGGAGAUAUGGAGUCGCUCGUUCGGCAAAACGGCUGUUGUUGUACCCGUGCUAGUGGUGUGUGGCCUUAUUCAGAUCGCAUUCAUAGUGUUUGCAAUAAGCUUGGCGAAAUCUGUCGACGAGGAAAAAGUACGGCCACUGUAACAAGGCAUCGCAAUGUCGAGGAUGUGAGAGUCUGCCAGUUACGAAAAGCAUUCACUGAAUUCACGUUCCUGUGUACAUGUAAAUAAAAUAGUUUGUCUACGAAAGUAUACUGAUUUUUAAAUUAUUAUAAACUUGUGGGAAAUCGGUAUGCAACUCUGUGUUAUAAGUUAGAAUUGAAGGUUAUGCCCACAUUAUAUUUGGGUUAAACAGUUAUUGAUUGACAAUUCCCAACUGGUUAAUUAAUAAAUUCUGCAAUAGAACUGUGUAGACUGCAAUAGAAAGGUGUAAAAAGUCAUUAUUGUCGACACCAGUCCGAUGUCUUGCUACACGGUACUUAGAUCAGCGUCGACUUUGGUUGUUCUUUAGCUAGAGUCGAAUCGGGCACGAUCGCAACCUCCAAAUUUGACUGGAACCAGCAUGGCUGGCAA